GGCGACCGCAAAGCUGCUGUCCACGUGGACCGGUGCCGACAUCUCCCGCCCGGCCGCCAGAGCGUCGCCAGCCAAACCCCGCGACAUGGCCACCAACGGCACCAAGGUGGCGGACGGACAGAUCGCCACAGAAGUCAGCGACGCUUCCAUCACUAAUGACAAGCCUAAAACCUUGGUAGUAAAAGUGCAGAAGAAGAAGACAGAUCUUCCAGACCGAGAUACCUGGAAAGGAAAAUUUGACUUUCUUAUGUCCUGUGUAGGUUAUGCCAUUGGCUUAGGGAAUGUGUGGCGAUUUCCGUACCUUUGUGGCAAGAAUGGCGGAGGUGCAUUCUUGAUUCCCUAUUUUCUUACUUUAAUUUUUGCUGGAGUGCCGCUAUUUCUUUUGGAGUGUUCCCUUGGCCAGUAUACAUCUAUAGGGGGCCUUGGAGUGUGGAAGCUUGCUCCCAUGUUCAAAGGUGUGGGACUAGCUGCUGCAGUUCUUUCUUUCUGGCUAAAUAUUUACUACAUCGUGAUUAUUUCAUGGGCUAUAUAUUACCUGUAUAACUCCUUCACCACUACUCUUCCUUGGAAACACUGUGAGAACCCGUGGAACACUGACCGCUGCUUCUCCAACUACACCUUAGCAAAUACUACCAACAUGACAAGUGCCGUGGUCGAAUUCUGGGAACGCAACAUGCACCAAAUGACUGAUGGAUUGGAAAAACCAGGGCAAAUCCGAUGGCCACUAGCAAUUACUCUGGCAAUUGCCUGGAUUCUGGUGUAUUUUUGUAUCUGGAAGGGGGUAGGCUGGACUGGAAAGGUGGUGUAUUUCUCUGCUACUUAUCCCUAUGUUAUGCUGCUUAUCUUGUUCUUCCGUGGUGUAACACUGCCUGGAGCAAAGGAAGGCAUUUUAUUCUACAUAACUCCCAACUUCAGUAAGCUUUCCGACUCUGAGGUUUGGCUGGAUGCUGCCACACAGAUUUUCUUCUCGUACGGUCUGGGCCUUGGGUCACUGAUUGCCCUAGGGAGCUACAACCCUUUCCACAACAAUGUUUACAGGGAUUCCAUCAUAGUCUGCUGCAUAAAUUCAUGCACAAGCAUGUUUGCUGGCUUUGUCAUCUUCUCCAUUGUUGGAUUCAUGGCAAAUGUCACAAAGAGACCUAUUGCAGAUGUUGCAGCAUCAGGUCCUGGACUGGCCUUCCUAGCUUAUCCAGAAGCAGUUACACAGUUACCAAUUUCUCCUUUGUGGGCAAUACUGUUCUUCUCCAUGUUGCUUAUGCUGGGAAUCGACAGUCAGUUCUGCACUGUGGAAGGCUUCAUAACGGCGUUGGUGGAUGAAUUUCCAAAGCUGCUGCGCAAUCGAAGGGAAAUCUUCAUCGCUGUUGUGUGCAUCGUUUCAUACCUGAUAGGACUGUCCAACAUCACUCAGGGUGGAAUCUACGUGUUCAAGCUUUUCGACUACUACUCGGCCAGUGGAAUGAGUCUCUUGUUCCUUGUAUUCUUUGAGUGCAUCUCCAUAUCCUGGUGCUAUGGUGUUAACAGAUUUUAUGACAACAUCCAAGAGAUGGUGGGAUACAGACCCUGCAUCUGGUGGAAACUCUGCUGGUCUUUCUUUACUCCUAUCAUUGUGGCAGGAGUGUUUAUCUUCAGCGCUGUCCAAAUGACUCCGCUCACGAUGGGAAGUUACGUUUUCCCAAAAUGGGGCCAAGGGGUUGGCUGGUUCAUGGCUUUGUCUUCUAUGGUGCUGAUACCAGGCUAUAUGGCAUACAUGUUUCUUACCUUGAAAGGCUCCUUAAAACAGCGCAUCCAAGUAAUGAUCCAGCCAAGUGAGGACAUCAGUCAUCCUGAAAAUGCUCCAGAUCAGGCCCAGCAGAGCAACUCUGCAAACAAAGAAGCCUAUAUCUAAACUUCCAUAUUGUAAAAGUACCAAUGCUACUCCAGAAAAACAAAAAAUAUGGUUGAAUAUGACCACAAAUUUAUGUCUGAGAAUAUAAUUACCUACCUCUAGUGGCAAAAAAAAAAAAAACAGAAAAAAGAAAAAAAG